AUGUCAGUCUUCCUAGUUACAGGUGCCGCCCGCGGCAUCGGUCUUGAACUUGUCAACCAACUCUCCUCGAACGCCACUACCACGGUCAUUGCCACAGUCCGCACCAUUUCACCUGAACUACAGCGUCUCAAAGACGAACGCGAAAAUGUCCGCAUCACAAUCUGCGACAUCUCAUCUCUCGACUCCAUUUCCGCGCUUAGCACAUCCCUGGCGGGCAUCCUCCCCUCUGGCGAAAAGAUCACACAUCUCCUCAACAACGCUGGAGUCGUAGCACAUCCAGAAGCCAAAGCCACGUCCAUGACUGCCGCAGCACUCUCGGAAAAUAUCACAACAAACGUACUCGGGCCAGCGAAAAUCGUCGAAGUGGUACUCCCGUUCCUCGCACCUGGCGCGAGCAUCGUGAAUAUCACCAGUGGCAUGGCUUCGUUGCAAUUAGUCACCACCAGCAUUAUACCUGCAGCUGCCACUGCUUAUACCAUCUCGAAAGCUGCUCUGAAUAUGCUUACUGUGCAUCAAGCGCAAGAGCUGAAGGGGAAAUUUCGUGUGGUGUGUCUGGAUCCUGGUCAUGUGAAAACGAGGCUUGGUGGGGAUAUGGCAAGUGUUGAGAUCCAUGAGAGUGCAGCUGGUAUCAUUAAGGUAGUACGGGGGUUGGAUGAGGAUAAGGAGGGUGACCGAGAGAACGGAAGGGCAAGAUUCAUGGAGUUUUCGGGCAAAGAGAUGCCAUGGUGA